AUGAAAGGUAUUUCUAGAUUUGGCCAAAGUGGGAAACUCAGUCCUAGAUUUAUUGGUCCGUUUGAAAUUAUUGAAAGAGUGGGGCAAGUAGCUUACAAAUUGGCUCUACCUUCAGAUAUGUCCGAAAUACAUAAUGUUUUUCAUGUAUCAAUGCUCAGAAAGUGGGUUACAGAUGAAAAUCAAAGAGUUCUUAAGAAAGAUAUUGAACUUCAGAAAGAUUUGACAUAUGUUGAAGAAUCGGAAAUGAUAUUGGAUAGAGAUGUUCGUAAACUCAGAACCAGAAUGAUUCCUUUUGUACAGGUGAAAUGGAAGCAUAGAUCAAUAAAGCAUGCUACUUGGGAAAGGGAAGCAGAAUUGAAACAGAGGUUUCCUCACUUGUUUGAAAAAGUAUGA